GCUCCGGGAGGGGUGCGGGCGGCGCUCGGGGGAUGCUCUGCGGGCACGGCCCCCUCUCCCACAUGCCCGGGGUCUCUCCUGCUGGCGGACCCGGAGGAGGUUUGCUUUUCCCCUCUCCUUGCGAUUCCAGCCCAGCAAAUCCAUCCUCACGGAGAAAUUCUUCCUGUAUGGAUCAGCCUUCUAGUGAUGGUGAAACUGGGAGAAGACCACUCUAAACAAACACAGGAUGAUUCGGGUCCCAGCUGAUGCAGAAAAUGCUCACAGUAGCAGUGUGGAAUCUUGUCCUUCCUUACGGGAUGUCCACUCCAUCAACCCAACGCAGCUGAUGGCAAGGAUUGAGUCAUAUGAAGGCAGGGAGAAGAAAGGCAUAUCAGAUGUCAGAAGGACUUUCUGUUUGUUUGUUACAUUUGAUCUCUUAUUCAUAACCUUACUCUGGAUAAUAGAAUUAAAUGUAAAAGGAGGCAUUGAGACUACCUUAGAGAAAGAAGUCCUACAUUAUGACUACUCCUCUUCAUAUUUUGAUAUAUUUCUACUGGCAGUCUUUCGGUUUAAGGUGUUAAUACUUGCAUAUGCAAUGUGCAGACUGCGCCAUUGGUGGGCAAUAGCUUUUACAACAGCAGUGACCAGUGCCUUUUUAUUAGCAAAAGUAAUUAUUUCACAGCUGUUCUCACAGGGUGCUUUUGGCUAUGUGCUGCCCAUCAUAUCCUUCAUACUUGCCUGGAUUGAAACUUGGUUCCUGGACUUUAAAGUGUUACCACAAGAAGCUGAAGAAGAAAAUAGAUUUUUGAUAGCACAGGAUGCUUCAGAACGAGCAGCUCUUCUUCACCCAGGAGUCCUCUCUGAUGGGCAGUUCUAUUCUCCUCCUGAGUCUGUAGCAGGUUCUGAUGAAGACUCUGAAGAAAAACAAGACAGUGAAAAACCAAUUGUAUAGCGAAUAAGAAAAAGCAGAAAGAUAAUCUGCAGGAAGUUGUUGCGGUUUGGAAACUGGCAACAGAGUCUGUGGCUGACUUGCUGGCAGAGCUGCUGACAGGAGAGUUUACUCAGAAAGUAAAGGGAAUGGUUCCCAUGUACUGUAAUACCUCAUGAAGAUGUACCUUGUUGACAUAUGUAUAUUAGGUUGCCUCCCAGGUGGUAUAAAAGUAUUUGUCCACAAUGUAUUUUAUUAUUCAGUGAUUCCUGAAGUUGAUCUUCUAAUGACUAGGUAAUUACUGGAAAGUGUUGUCUUGUGUACCUAAUCAAGAGACUGGUAAUAUAAUGAAGUAAAACUUCUCUGUGGUGGAAGUAUAUUUAAUAAUUGUUGGGUCUCACUAGAUAAAAUUAUUUUAUGUUAUUGCAGUUUGUCAUUAGUUUAUGUUUACUUUUUUUUAACUCCAUGCAUUUUCUUUUUUUUUUUUAAUGGAUAUGUUCACUUUCUAAAAUAAAAAUGUUAAAACAUGAGUAAUUCAUUAUGAUAUUUCAUUGCUUUGUCAUUGGAAAAAUCUUCAUUUACCACUUCUAUAUAUGUGGAGCAAUAAGGACUCCAGUUUGCCUAAUUUUGUGCAAAAUGUAUUACAGUACUGUUUGGUGCUCCCUACAUGGCCUGUAGGGAGGCCAUGUUAGUAGUAGUGGCACAUCACUUCUUUGUGGCAUUGGCUUCAGUAUGCUCUUCCUAAAGUUCUCUUCUGUAAUUGCUGGUUUAUCCAUUACAUUGCUUCAGAAUAGCCAAGAUCUGUUUCAGAGGAUGCAGCUAAGAAUAAACUAUUAGAAGACA